CUUAAUUUGUCACCGCUGCUUCGACAGCAGAAGAGAAAAGAGAUCUCAUAUACACCUAUGGCGGCGCGGGCGGCACUCGCGGCGGCGGCGGCGUCCUCGUUCUUCUCCCGCUCAUCGUCCGUCGCUCCGGCGGCGAGGCUCGUCCCCCGCCGGGGCCUAGCCGGCGGCGGAGAUCAUCAUGGACCCCCAAAGGUCAACUUCUGGGAAGAUCCACUCAGUCCAUCUAAAUGGAAGGAAGAACAUUUUGUACUUGUCAGCCUUGCCAGUUGGGGUUUGAUCUUUUAUGGGGCAUACAAGACUUUUGGUGGAAAGAAGAACAAGGAAGAGGUUGGAGAAAAAUCAGGGCACUAGAUGACAUCACGAGUCCUAUGUUUUCUUUUAAUGAGCAUGUUAAUAAAGCAUUCAAAGGACAUUGUUCCUUGAAAAGGUCCCUAUGAUCUCUCUGUUUGUACUGGUUCGUCAGGGUUUUGGAUUUCUAGACUCACUUUGUGGGAACUUUUGGAACAGAGAUGCGAUGAUUGGUGAGACCUCCUGUUUUCUCAAGUUAAAUUGUUAAUUCAGUUGUUAUUUAUGAUGGAGGUCUCUGUAGUGAUGACAACUAUCUUUGUUCUCAAAUUGUUAUUCAAGUUUUCUUUUCAUUGUGCUAUCAA